CAUGAGUGAAAGAACCGAUUGCCCGUGGCAUCAUUUAACCUUUCAACGGCGAUUGGAAACACGAAAGCUGUUACGCGAUACAGUGACUGUGAAUGCAGGUACAAUUCAAAUAAAUACGUUCCAUGGCGAAAACUCUGUCCACAAUCACUCACGCCAUGAGGAUAUUUGGGAUGCUUCUGAUUUUUGCGGUCCUCAUAUCCGAAACUUCUAGUCGCUUUCUGCAAAGCAGCGACACCGGAACUUCCCAGUACGACUACUCAAACUACAAUCCCGACUUUGCCUACGACUUGUCUUCCUACAGUCUGCGGUUCGAAAAGUGUCAGGAUGUGAAAAUGUACGACGACGAUCUUGCUACUGAUGAGAACAGCUAUUCGCCUUUGGCAGUCCGUCAUUUUGUCGUAUUUCGUCUUUGCCCAUCCGACGCUUGUUCCGGGGCCUGUGAUACUCAAUACGGUCACUACGUAGUUGAUCUAGAUACAUACUUGGCAGCGACUGUGGAUUAUCAACAACAAGAUUUCGAAAAUAUGUGUGAGAACUGCCAGGAGCAUUGCGACGACGCUGAUAAAAACUGCUCCGGAUGUGGCCAACUGUGCUAUCAGUUCAACAACCUUGAAAGCUUGGGAUACAUUGACGCGGCGCAGUUUAUCGAGUGUCAGACAGUGCAGCAGCAACAAGUAAAUACUCAAAACGGUCGAGACGACGGUGAAGCCGCUACUGACGAUGGAGGGGGGCGACUCUACAUAGGUCCUCGGUGUAGUGCGGGGACAAUCGCAAUUGGUCUUUUUUCCGAUGAAAGUUGCAUGGAAUCCGUAAGUAACGUGGACGUUGAGGAGAUUCUCGGUGCACAGCUUUCGUAUCACCUUCUUGCUCAUACGAGCUAUUCCGAUGGUGACGUUUGUCUGUCAUGCAUGGAAAACAACAACGGUAGCGCCAAUGCCAAUCAAAACGAUGCCCAGGAUGCGGAUGAUGUGAAUGAAAUGUGCGAGGAUCUGUACUCCGCUUCGGCCAAGUGCGAAUCCAAAACCGGUAUUCGCCACGGCUUCAUUCAGACGGCAUUGGAUGAAAAUCAGUACGAAACUCAAGUGGCCGGUGAAUUCAUGAGCUGCAAUUUCAUUGACCAGCUUGUUUGGAAUUCCUACACGGAAACGGGUGAAAUUAACGCGAAGGUUUCCCGGGAGAUUGUCCAAAGAAUUCUUACGCACAAGCAGUCUGUGGUAUUGAUCUUUCUCAGUCUGACUAUCUCAGGUACUUUAGGUUUGAUCACGUAUUAUCAACGAAGGAUCAACCGAAUCGAACCCAGCACCAUGAGGCUGUCACGAGGAACCGGGGUAUUGGCUUGACACAUUGGUACAUGUGCUCGUACAUACCGAGCAAGAUCUACCAUACAGUAGGCAGUAAUUUUUUGGGGAACGACACCUACUGGGUAUCAAAGCAAUUUCGUAACGCACAAUUUUUAA